UUAUUAAAUGUUAUCUAUUAAGUGAUAAUAAAUAUUGAUGAAGUACGAGAUUUGACUAAUGCAUUCAGCAACUCUCCCCUAAAUUUACAAUUUAACAAAAUCUCUAUAUUUUGUUUUAAAUUUUGAAAAGUGGAUUUCUUUCACGCAUUUCAAAAGAUUGACUUCACUAAAAAAAAUUCGCUCUGACAUGAAUGAAUCUUCCAUGGAAAAUAAAUACAUUUAAAGCAAGAAAUUCUACAUAUACGUAUUUCUGCACGUUUUACUUAGUUAUUUAAUUUUCUCUCGUUUUGAGAGACACUGCUUUAGUUGUUAUAUCUUAUCUUGAAGGAGUUAGAUAAAAAAAUAAAGAUAUAUAUCUUGAUACAUAUCGAUUAGACAUAUAUUUAUAUAUCGUCAUAUAAUUCACACAGAAUUCAUUAGUUGUAUGCACGAAAUCCUAUUUGACUGUAAUUAAAUAAUGUGGCUAUAAAAGAAGAAAAAUUCGUUUAUUUUACAACAGUAGGUCAUAGAACAAGUGUCCAAGAAGUAUUCAAACUUAAGCAUUCGUGUCGACGAAUUAUUAAUCCAACAAGAAUGAAGAGCAUAAUAACACUUUAUGCGAUAUUACUAUUGUCUAAUCUCGGAUAUAGUGCAUCUACUCCAAAAUGGUGGCAGUCAAUGUCCCUUUAUCAAAUUUAUCCUAGAAGUUUCAAGGAUAGUGAUGGUAACGGUGUCGGAGAUCUUAAAGGUAUCAUAAGCAAACUGGAACAUCUCAGUGAGUCGAAUGUUGAUGCUUUCUGGUUAUCUCCGAUUUAUCCUAGCCCGAUGAUUGAUUUUGGUUACGAUAUUUCCGAUUUCGUCAGUAUCGACAAAAUGUUUGGCACUAUGAAGGAUUUUGAGGUACUCGUACAAGCCACGCAUGCUGCAUCAAUGAAGAUCAUUAUGGAUUUUGUUCCUAAUCAUUCGUCGGAUCAGCACGAAUGGUUCCAAAAAAGUUUACAAAACAUAAAACCUUAUACUAACUAUUACAUAUGGCAUAAAGGCAAGGUGCUACCAAACGGAACAGUUACAGUGCCGAAUAAUUGGGUGAGCGUGUUCGGUGGACCAGCAUGGACCUGGCGUGAAGAACGACAAGCGUAUUAUUUUCAUCAAUUCGCACCACAACAACCCGAUCUCAACUAUGAGAAUGAGAAUGUAGUGAAUGCAAUGAAGGAUGUCAUGAGAUUUUGGCUCGACAAGGGGGUGGAUGGCUUCCGGAUGGACGCGGUGCCACAUUUGUGUGAGGACGUCAGAUUCUUGGACGAACCACUCACGGGUAAUUCAAAUCCUAAUGAUUACGGCUACACAUACAAGAUAUACACGAAGGAUCUUCCGUAUACCUACGAAAUAGUCAAAGGAUGGAGAGAAGUGUUGAACGAAUAUUCAGAUGAAAAAGUUAUGAUGAUCGAGGCUUACGCGAACAUGACGAUGACGAUAAAGUAUUAUGUAUACGGCGCACACUUUCCCUUCAAUUUUGGUUUUAUUACCGAUACGAAUCAGAAUUCUAAAGCAAUUGAUUUCAAGAGAUUGAUUGAUAGAUGGAUGGUAAACAUGCCUGUUUUGAGAGCAACUGCUAACUGGGUGGCAGGAAAUCAUGACAAACCACGAUUGGUCACUCGUUACGGACGAUAUCGAGCGGAAGUUAUAACCAUGAUAACUUUACUGCUUCCUGGAGUAGCUGUAACUUAUAACGGGGAUGAAAUCGGUAUGGAGGACACGUGGAUCUCAUGGGAAGACACCAAAGAUCCGCAAGGUUGCAAUGCCGGCAAAGAUGUUUACGAGAAAGCAUCUCGAGAUCCCGCAAGAACGCCGUUCCAAUGGGACAACACCACUUCGGCUGGAUUUUCCACGAAUCAGAAAACGUGGCUGCCGGUGAACAAAAAUUACUUGACACUUAAUUUAGCCGCGCAAAAAGAACAAAACAACUCUUACAAUGCUUUGUAUAAAGCAGUUUCUGCUCUGAGAAAAUUGCCUGUUAUUAAACAUGGAGCCUUAACCACGACAUUAUUGAAUAAUGAUGUUUUCGCUUUUAUUAGAAAAAUUAAUGGAGAGGUAGUUUACGUAAUAGCAAACUUUGCAAAUGAAGAAGAAACCGUUGAUUUAUCAACGCUUGUUUAUGCAUUAAGUCAAUUAAACGUUUAUUAUGCCACUACUAAUGCUCAUCAUCUCAUUGGAAACAUUAUCAAAGAUGUUUAUGCCGUAAAAAUUCCUGCAUUAGGAGCUGUGAUAUAUACUAGCACCAUAUAUAAAGCUAAGUAAAAAACCAUGGGUAUUCAAUCGAGGCAUCAUAUUUUUUUUAACGUAAUUAUAUCUAUAUUGUUUUAAAUAAACAAAGACAGAAUUACUCGUUAAAAUAGUUGUACUUCUAAUCUCUUAUUUUACCAUUUCUAUAUCCAUUGCCGUUUU